AUGACGUUGGAGGACAAAGACUUGGCCCCUGCGACGUCCCCUUUGGUUGGCUUCAAUUCUCAGCGAGAAUGGCCGGUAGGGAAGAUCAUACUGCCAGUCAAAGCGAGUUCAGUCACAAAGCAAGUAGAGUUCUGGGUGCUCAAAGUCCCAUCCACCUACAACUUAAUUUUAGGCAGGGCCUGGUUGCACACCAUGCAAGCAGUAGCGUCGACUUACCAUCAGGUCUUGCGCUUCCCAGCGCCAAACGGACAAAUAGAUGAAGUUUGGGGAGACCAGGUGAUGGCGAAACAAUGCUUCGUUGCGGUAAAUGGCAGCCGAGCAGCUAAAGGAUUUGUCCAAAUGAUUGAGGGACCCGAGGGAAAGGAGGUCCUUGAAGACGUAGGAAGAAAGGUCGAGGAAAAAUCGGUCGAGGAUUUGGUGGAAGUGCGCAUCGACGAGAAUGACCCAACUAAGUUCUUCCUCUUGGGAUCAUCUUUGUCUAGCGCCGAGCAGAUGGAUUAUGACAACUUCUUGGUUUCUAACGUGGAGGCUUUUGCAUGGACGCCUUACGAUAUGCCUGGCGUCGACCCUAACUUCAUUUGCCAUCAGUUGAAUGUUUUCCCAAAUGCGCGGCCGGUCAUUCAGAGGACUCGCCGCUCGGCUCUGCACCAUGCCGAGGUAGUGGCAGAAGAGGUCAAAAAUCUGUUGGAAGCAGGAGCGAUAGAAGAAGUGCAAUACCCUCGUUGA